AGACUCUUCACAUGAAGUUGUUUCUUCCAAUAAAAUUCAAGCCAAGAGCAACAGAACAAUGCCAGAGCAACAUCCUUUGUCAAUUUUAUUGCAAGAAAAAAAUUCCCAGCCUGAGCCUAUGUCUCCUCAUAGCAAUGAAACUGGUUUAUCAACAGAAAGAGAGUAUGACGCAUUAAAGAAGAAUUUAGCCAAUAUCUGUAUCACAUUAGCUGGAAAUGUUGAAGUCAUAUCUCAAUUGAAUGAUUCUCUUUUCUCACUGGAGUGUAUUCCUGAAGCAGUACAUAUUGCAGUUCAGAAUACUUGUCUUUCUCCUUAUGACAGAGCUAAUAAAUUAGUUUAUUCAUUAUUGUCAAUACUUAAGACCCAUUCUAAUCCUGGUGGUGUGUUCUUGUCUUUCAUUACUUCAUUAAAUGAAGUUGGUCUAACUGUAAUUUCUGAUAGACUAUCAAAUGACCAAAGUAAAUAA